UACAUACAAAAGGCAAAACUUGUCAGCAAAAUAGUUGAACUCCAAAUCGGGCAUGACUUUUAGGCAGAAAUUCAGUAAAAUUUAAAUAUCUACACCCCUUCAGCACAAUGGAGCAGAUGCAGGAUGUGAAUCAGGACCGCGGCAAGGAGGCCACGGGCAGCAGGGACCUCGAUCUGGAGGAGAACGACGGGGACUUGAGCCGGAACUCCAGUUUGACCACCGUGUGCAGUACCUUUCCAUUAACCUCGAGGAUCGACAGCUAUCACCGCUGGCGCACAAUGGACCAGGAGGAGGACACCCUGGGUUGCGUACUGGAAGUCGAUAGUGAACGAAAGGUCCAGCUGGCCAUGUCCAUGCCGCUCGCCAUUGACGCCAUACAUCCUUGAGGCUGAAUCCAAUAAAUUCCAGUUCUACUACCCAUUAA